GGAACCAGUCAGUACUCGGAGUUGUCGAAGUGCAGCGUGACAAAUAUAAUAGUAUCCCUAGAUGGACUACCACGUCGGUCCUCCACCAUGGUAUCGUCGGUAAGAAAACACAGGCAAGAUUCCAGUCUUUCUUGCACAUGCUCGCUAUUUUAUGCUCCUCUUAGGCCUAGUCGUGAAGAUGCUGUUGUAAGGUAGAAAACCGCCUCCGGUAUGUGUCUGCACAGGCCGAGAAAGCGUGUUGGAGCGAGCUUGAAAGACUAGUUUGGGCAGGAGGGGUUGUCUAGAUUCCUGGCUGGAAUUGUCUCUAAGAAAGAUGAAUAACGUGAUACCGUUAGGUCGUCCUCCAUCAGGUUUGAGUGAGCACGGUUCACGCAGCGCACGGGUCAGUACUUCGGCAGGAACUAGUUCAUCUUCACCUAGUGGGUCGUUAAGUAUGACCGAAGUGAGCAUUGAUAUUUCAGAUCCGGGCCCGGAUCCUCUCCCUUCGGGUUCGAAUGAAACCGAAGCAAUUAAUCUGCAGUACAUUCAUGGUAACACCCGACUGAGACUAAUUUUGCAAGAAUGGGAGAGCAAGUUAAGGGAUUCGCAAGAUAUAAUUCUGCGGAAGCAGACUCUCAGUCUGAACGUGAAGAACGAAAUCUAUCACCUUAUCGGAUUCUUCAGUGUGUUCCAAGGUGUGGUGCUCACGACUGUCUCGCAGGCUAGCUUGCUAUCUUGUCACAACUGGUGGGGGCCGUUCGCUUUGUCACUGUUGGCAUCGCUCACAACCCUAGUCGGAGUCUGCCACAAGUUCUGGAACUUCAUCUCGUGGAAACGUGCGGCCGAGGAGGAAAUCGCAAACGCUAAGGUGUUGAAGUCGCAGAUAGAUAACCUGAAGCUACUUGGCAAGCGAUUCACGUUCGCGAAGCACGCACCGGACGUGGAGCCCAAGCAGGACGAGGAAAAGACCUGUUCGAACUGGCUGUGUGCAGUCAAUUCCUACUACUACUACAUCGCACUCUUGGUGGUGGUGUCCAUGCUGGGAUUCUCGGCGAUCAUUCUCAUCUCUUGUAGGAAAAUUCUUUGUGAUUCUGGAUCCACUGCCUAGACGCCGAAGCCGAGUUCGCCUUGACAAUGAAUGUCUGGCACAGUUAGGCACUGCUCCGGAAGAAUGUGAUUGAAUCCUUUUCUGUCUAGACAAGGAAACUGUUUCCUCUGCUUCAUUGUCAUCUUGUGUGUUCCGCUUCUACCCAUUUUUUUGUACUUCGGAAACUAGCUAGCACAGCAUUGAGAAGUAUUUGAGAAGCGGAGCUACAUGAUUAUUAUCAUUACUACCACGAUUUUUACUUUUAAUCGUAUCUUUAUUGAGUGAUUAGGUAUA